UGCUCUUUAGCUGUAUUCCCCCACAGGCUGUAUUAUAGCUCUCUAACCAGUCCCACAGCAUUGAAUGAUGUCAUGGGAUCUGCAGUUCAGUGAGAUGAAAGGGAUAAAGCGGAACCCGCUGGCACUGGGGAAAGCUUCCAACACACAAUUCACAACAUAGCUUGGGAACUGAAUCCAGCCACUCAACUCUAAGCAUGAGACAAGUUAAAAGCAGUUAAUACAGAAGCUCUGGCAGUGUGGAUUAAUUUGCAGAAAGGCUGGCUAUUGGAAAAACUUCAGCAUAUAGCAGUUCUUCAUAAGGGAGAGAGGUUUAACUCUAAGAUAUGGGCAGUGAAGGAUUACAAAGACAAGAUAAAAUAGUGAAGAUGCUUAUACUAUUAUUAGUGUAUUUGUUGAGUAAAGUAAUUUGUGAGACGGGAGAUUGUAGAGAGCAAGAGUUCAGGGACCAUGCUGGAAACUGUAUCCUCUGCAAACAGUGUGGACCUGGAAUGGAGCUGUCAAAGGAAUGCGGCUUUGGAUAUGGGGAGGAUGCACAGUGCAUGACAUGCAGGCUAAACAGAUUCAAGGAGGACUGGGGAUUUCAGAAGUGCAAACCUUGUCUGGACUGUGCAGUAGUUAACCGGUUUCAGAAGUCCAACUGUUCUGCCACCAGCAAUGCAGUGUGUGGGGAUUGCUUACCAGGAUUUUACAGGAAGACGAAGCUUGGCGGCUUUCAAGACAUGGAGUGUGUUCCUUGUGGAGAUCCCCCUCCUCCCUAUGAACCUCACUGUACUAUCAAAGUGAAUCUUGUGAAGAUCCCAUCAACUGCUUCCAGUCCUCGGGAUACUGCUCUAGCAGCUGUUAUAUGCAGUGCGCUGGCCACAGUGCUCUUAGCUCUUCUCAUCCUCUGUGUUAUUUACUGUAAGAGACAGUUUAUGGAGAAGAAGCAAAGCUGGUCUGUGAGAUCACAGGAUAUUCAUUACAAUGGUUCUGAACUGUCGUGUUUUGAUAGACCCCGGCUUAAUGAAUAUGCUCACAGAACAUGUUGUCAGUGUCAACGAGCUGCAUCACAGACAUGUGGCCCAGUUCAUUUGAUUCCAUCACUGUGCUGUGACGAGACCUGCAGCAUGGAGCACAGCAGUCACAGCUGCACUUUCCACUCUCACACUACACUUUAUGAAAGGACUUUAAAUUCAGUCGGAGAAAUGAUUCCUGCAUUCCUCGGUUCUCUUUCACACUCUGCCUGUGGAGACCUUUCAGAUGCUUGGCCUCUUAUGCAAAACCCUGCUUGUUGCGACAGCAUCUCUUUCUGUGAAUCUUACCCAGAACUGACUGGAGGAGAUAUCACUUCCUUCAAUCCAGAGACUGAAAACACGGCCAAUAUAGAUUCAGAUAAUGACCAGGAUCUAAGUGAUGUACUUAUUUCAGCUAAGUCUGCUGGAAGCUUUGCAGAAUCCACUGAACUUUCCAAACAGAGCAUAUGUGUGGAUGCUUCAUUAGUUCAGAACUCAUCAGCUGCUAAAAACCUGCCAAUGUCAGAGUGUGAUGAAACAGUUAAUCAUCCCACAGACUGAUAAUAAGGACGCCAAAAGGAGUUUUUCUGCCAGCAAUAGAACUGAAUGCUACCCUAAUGCCUGUCUGUUAAUGCUUGUGAAUUAAACACAGCCUGGUCCUCAGUGUUACAUGAUUUCAGAAACAGCAGAAAUAAAUUGGCAGCAUUUUGGACCUUUCAGGAAGUUGCAUCUGAGCCAUAGCAGCUGUAACUGAACCAUCAAGGGGCAACUUGAGAGAAGACUGAGGUGGAUUCAUGAUAUUAAAAAAAAAUUGCUGUAGUUCAAUAGAAAUUAUUAUGGGGAAGUUCUCUGGCUUGUGUUAUACAGGAGGUCAGACCAGAUCAUCACUAUGGUCCCUUUUGGCCUUCGAAUCUGUUGUUGUUGUACUUUGCAUCUCUUGUAAACAACAACCUUCUGUGCCUCAAAGGUGCUUGAAAAGCCUAAGAAGAUUAUGUAAAUAUAACAAAAUGAAUUAAAUUAGUGUGUUUAUACUGAACUGUUAAAUAUGGCUACAAAUGACAGAAGAUGUGCGGCAGAAGUUUGCCAGUUACUCUGUUUGCAAAGUUAAUCACGUAUUAGGAAACUGCCCUGGCUAGAUGUAAUGUUAAUUCACAAUUUCUUCUGAGAAUGAGUAAAAAAAAUUAACACUUCUAUCUAUUGAUAAAAAUGACGCUUUUAUUAUGUAUUACACUUUAGCCAUUAAGCUACUCUUGGGAACUAAGCAAUUAGCUAGCAUGUUACAAUAAUAUGAGUUAUUGAAGUGCCCUAAAAACAUCACACUUCUUUUUAAACCAGGAGAUUUGCCUUAAUUUAGAUUUAGAUUUAUAAAAAUCAGCCUCAUAGAUAGGGCUUUUUGUAUUUGUUGUUUGGUAUGUUCAAUAUGUGGAAGGGUCAGCAUAUUGGACUUGUUCUAUCACAUACUUUUUAGAUGUUGAAAUAUUUUUUAUAAUAAAUUGUCAUGUCAAAUUACAGUAAACAUACCAUGAAAGUAUUCAUAUAAGUGAGAGCUAAACUAUUAUUAUAGUCGUGGAUGAGUUUCAGGGGUCAUAUCAUGGUGACCUAGUCCCUAUUCUUCUACUGGUUCAUUUUUAAAAUUUCAUCCAAGCCACUAUCCUCUCCUCAUUUUAAUAUCUUUUAAAAAUUCACUUCUUCCAAAAAGCAUGUUCACAAUAAUUAUUUAAACAUAUACCUUCAUUGAACCGUCAAGUUAUGCACAUGACUAAAUUGAGUUAAACAUAUCAUCUUACUGGUGUAACUUCUGUUGUUCCUCUCCCUGAAAUACUUUGCAUCUUACGUUAGGGUUUGAACUGCACACACUUUCAACCAAGUACUGUGCUUACUACCAGUAGUCCCCGUGAACUGAACUAAGAACUACAUUCAGCAGGAUUGAGCUGUGAGAUUUUUGAACUCUUCUUAUAAGUGUACUGUAAACCACCGAGUGUGGUCUUGGCACAAUAAAAGUAAUCAGCAAAAUGCUGUAGAUUUGCCAUAAAUGUUCCCUCUUGCUGCAAGUGGAUUUAUCAGUAUCUACACUGUCAUGCAAAGUUUGGACUGGCAAAAGAAUAAUUAUAUGCAGUGUUGAAUGCCAAAGCAACAAGAUGCUUUGGCAAAAGACAAUGGGACUACUUGUGUGAGUAAGAGCUACUCAUCAUGAGUAAGAGUUCCAGAAGAUGGCGUAGGGUUACUGAUGAAAUCAUUUGUAAGAAUGUUUAUACAGUAAAUGCUACUAUAUGAUCACUGACUUACUGACUACAUACUCAGUUGUGCCUGCAGUACAAUUGUUAAUCUACAAAUUUGCUAAAGAUUUAUUCAGAUCAGAAAACUGUGGUUCAAAAUUCCUUUUGUUACUUUCAUACAUAAGAGAAAAUCAAAAUAUUACUUUCUACUAUUUACCGCAUGAACAUACAUUUGUUUUUGUAUAUAUUGUGUAAAGAGAAAAAUCCAAAGUGCAUUUCAUUAUAUUGCAAAAUAUUGUUAGAAUAGGUGUGGAGAUUAAAAUGUUUGCCAUCAGGAAUUCCUUUUAAAAUGGUACUGAAACUUUGCCAGACUCUUUCACCAGUAAGUAUGUUUCCCGUUGGAAUUUACACUUUGAUCAGUUUUGUCCAGCAGCUAUAUACAAAGUUCCUCUAAUAGAGAGACCUAUAGUUUAACAGCAAAUUGUAAAAAAAAAAAAA